GCAUGGUGACAAUUUCAAGCAUUUAACAGCAUUUAGCCAAUGCUGGAAAAUCAGAGUGGAGCUCAGGCGCUUCAUUUGCCUUCAUUUUUUACUUGAUGUCCUUGAGAGAAGAGGACCGGCAAACAUGGAAAGGAUUUGGUUGCUUCCUAUCCUGGUUAUCUUGGGUGUGGCAAAAUCGGACGACGCCCUGACAGAUUUAGAAAAUAUUGCUGGGAAGCUGGUUUUCUAUCAAAUGGAAGGUAACGCCACCUAUGUGAGAAACACGGGAGAGCUGGCAUCCGACGUUCCCACAGAGACCAUGUUUGAACUUUCAGACCCACAGCAGAACUUCAGCACGGCAAAGUUCAGCUACACAUGGGAUUUAGGAAAUGGAAAGGUGAUCCAAGGGAACGAGCCUGUUGUCAGAUACCACUAUGCCUCAUCUGGAAACUACACGCUCCGGCUUAAAAUAGGAGUCAAUCUGACUAAAUACACUUCUCCUAUAACCGGGGUCUACACCAAGGACAUUCAAGUGCUUGAUGCAAUCAAAAGCAUUGAACUAAAGGGGCCUUCUGAUUAUGAGGUCUCUCAAACCGCCAGUCUGGCUUUCAAUGUUGAUGGAAGUCCUCCCAUGUGGGUUUGUUGGCGUUUCCUUCCCAACUGCGUGCCCGACACGACGGGGGUCUGCACUCUGACGAUGCUGUACGAGAACAUCCUGUGGCUCAAUCACACCUUUACCUCAACCGGCUUUCACUGCCUGGACAUCAGCGUCCGCAAUGACAUCAGCGAGUUGCAGACCUCCUUCAGCCUCUUUGUCAGGAAAACCAACAACACCAACAUGCUCUUCAUCCUGUCCUGUGCUGCUGUUCUUGUGGCAACAUUCUCCUUCAUCACCGUCAUCGCCUGCCACCCUCGAAACCACAGAUCUCAGAUUGCAGCUUCCAGCAAUGCUUUGUUCCUGAAGAGUCAAGAGCCUGACAGCCACAGCAGAAUUGUAUUCAACGUAACCAGUGUUGACAAAGCAGAGAGAGAACCGCUUGUGUUACAGUAUGGAACACACUACUACUCCUAACCUUUAUGAUUUAUGAGCUCUUCUGGGGGUUACAGGAGAUUUUGUGAUACGUGUACAUAGUUGAAUUCACUCAUGUUGUGGUAAUAGUGCACACAUGUCUGUAUAAAUGUAUUCCGUGCUGUUUGAAUGUAACAUGCAGUUAUAUGUUAAGUAAGCUGGCAGGUCAUGCACAUUCUGUAUUUUUCAUGUGUGGCCUAUCCAUUUGUGCCCCCCCAGUGUUUGCCUCAUUUAUUAUUAACUUUAUUAAAGGUCAUAUCAUAAUACCGACUGUUAGAUAGAGCACAGUGAAGAUUGAUCAGUGCAACCUUCUAUUAAUGUCUGCCUUACAUUUAAAUAAUCCAAAGUAUUGAUUAAAGAAUGUGAUUUCUGUAGAGUUGAUGAACAUUAUCCUUUUAUUGUAUCAUUCAUUUAUUGUCAUAUUUAAACUAUUGUGUUGAAGUCUGGGGAAAUUGUUAUAAAUCCCAUCUACAACGUUUAGUCACUCUGCAGAAAAAGGCCAUCAGGAUUGUUUCCAAUGUUCACUACAGACAUCAUUCAAAUCCACUAUUUAUGGACUUAAAGCAACUUAAACUGAACGAUGCGAUCUAAUUUAAAACUGCUCAAAUUAUGUUUAGGGCAUCCCAAAACUCUCUACCAUCCAAUAUAUAGAACCUAUUCCAUGAUAGAAAUGAUCACCAUAGUUACAGUUUAAGAGGAAACAACAAAUUCUAUUUGCCUAAAUUUAGAACAACUUUAAAAUCAAUGUGCAUUUCAGUGUGUGGAGUCACUCUGUGGAAUAACUUAAAAAUGUGUUCUAACAUGAUUCAAUUUAAAACACUGUUUAAAAAAGAAGUACUGAAGAAGUACGAGGAGGAAAGAGAGUGAUGCCCUCAGCACAGAACGUUGGGAGAGAGGUGUACAGUAUGGUCAUAGAGUGUCUGGGCCCGUGUGUGUGUGUGUGUGUGUGUGUGUGUGUGUGAGUGAGAGUGUGUGUGUGUGUGUGUGUUUUGUCUCGUCUUGUCUUGUCUCAUAGUAUUGUUAGUGUACAGGAGUUUUUCUAGUGAGUAUUGUACUUGUAUUAUAUUGAUUAUGUUAAAUGUGGAAUGAGUGACAGGGGUUGGGAUA